GGGAACACACGCACGUCGUCCUACAACCUUUCUCCCUCCUCCAACUGUCUACCAUUUCUUCCCACGGCAAAACACACCUCGCCGGCGCGCUUGGCAAUGGCGUACCGUGUCCUGGAGGUCACCCUUGUCUCGGCAAAUGACCUCAAGAAACUGUCGGUCUUCUCCCGGCCGCGCAUCUACGCCGUGGCUUCCAUUUCCGGGCUCGACCUCCGCAUGCCUAGCCACAGCACCCAGGCAGACCAGACCAACGGUUGCAACCCCGCCUGGAACGCCGUGGCACACUUCCCCAUCCCGGCUGCCAUUGACACCCGCGGCCUCGCGCUCCACGUGAGGCUCUGCGCCCAGCGUGUGUACCUGGGCGACCGCGACAUCGGCGAGGUGUUCGUGCCCAUCGACGACCUCCUGGCCGGCGCCGACAAGGGAGGUGAUCCGAGGCCCGUGAGCUACCAGGUGCGCAGGCCGCACUCUGGCCGCGCCCACGGCGUCCUCUACUUCUGCUAUAAGUUCACCGACGUCCCCGCCGUGGCGUGUGUCCCGGAACCGGAAGGCAAACAAGGCCAGUACGCCAAGUACGUGCUGGACUCCGUGAACACGACGGACAAGACGAUGGUGCCGCCCACCGCGUACCCACCGUCGGCCAUGCCGUCUACGUACCCACCGCCGGCCAUGUCGCCUGCGUACCCUCCGCCGCAAUAUGGCUCGCCGUACCCGGCCUACCCGCCGCAGCCUUACGCGUACGCUGCUCCGCCACCGUACGGGUACAAUGCGGCUACCCCACAACCGGCGAUGUACGGCUACGCCGCGCAGCCGGUGGCUGCACCCGCGAGCCAUGGCGGAGGCAUGGGGAUGGGGCUUGGCCUAGGGCUCCUAGGCGGUGCUGUCGGAGGGAUGAUGCUUGGAGAGGCGAUCGGUGACUAUGAGGCCGACGCCGCCUAUGAUGCAGGGUUCAACGAUGCGUUGGCAUUUUAGAUCUUGCCGUGCAGUGAUGGAGAUUAUUGUCCUUGUAAAUCUCUAAUUCAUACGAAACGAUGAAAUAGAAUUUGCAAGUUUUGCUUCUCUUCUCAA